AACAUCAACAAUGUCUCGUCUUUUCGCUUUCAACGUUUUCUGCUUGGUUCUUCUCCGUUUCUCAGCUGCUGCUCCAGCUGAUGAUUCUUCUCCAUUCUCUCAAAUUUUGAAGCAACACAAAGAUCUCCUUCCAUCCGAAGUUGUUCAAGCCUAUCAGGAUUUGUCUCCAGAAGAGAAGGCUGCAUUGAAGGAUGUAUUCAAGAACUACAAGAGCUACAAAAACGAAGGAGAAUUGAUUGCUGCUCUCAAAGAAAAGUCUUCAAGCUUGGGAGAAAAGGCUGAGAAGCUUCAAGCUAAGCUCCAAAAGAAGGUUGAUGCAUUGAGCCCAAAACCAAAGGAUUUUGUUAACGAGCUCAUUGCUGGAGGACGUGGUCUUUAUGCUCGUUCUGUUAAUGGAGAGAAGAUCUCAGUUUCCGAGAUCAAGCUUCUCAUUGAAACCCAAGUUGCUGCAUACAAGGCAUUGCCAGCUGAGGCUCAAGACGAGUUGAAGAAAAAUUUCGGAGGAGUCGCCAAGUUUUUGGAGGAUGACAAGACUCAAACACUCAUUGCCAAGCUUCUUGAGAAGAACAAUAACCAGUAAAUAAAAUUACUAAUGUCACAAAAUUGUAUCUAUAGACCGUAAUAAAUUUGAGGAUUUUUUUAUUAUUAUGAAACCCAAAACAUAAACCACAGU